ACAUACUCUUUAACGCCAUAAGUCUUUACAUUUUCUUCCGCCGGAAAAACAGAUAUCACACAGAAAACACAAACGACGACGAAGAAAGAAGAAGAUGUCUGCAACGGCAAUUCUCUCUGUAAAUAACCCUAAAGACUUAGUCACCGGAUUUGGUAAUCGGACAUUUCAUUCCCGGAGCAACUUUGCUAAACCCAGUUCGAGAUUGUUUCCUUCUUCUUCUUCUCCGAUGAAGCCUUUGACCCUUGCUUCUAGAUUCUCUCCUUUGAUUUCAACAAAUAGAUCCUUUAAAUCUUCAGUCUUCAGGAGAUUUGAUACUCUCAUGGAGUGGCAAGAAUGCAAAGUAAAGAUGAAGGUAGAAGUGCCUGUAUCAGUUGCUUAUGGACUCUACUCGGAACGAGAAUCAAUUCCUAAAUGGAUGACAUUUAUUUCAUCCGUUAAGGUAUUGAAGGACAAACCCGAUUUAUCUCGAUGGACCUUGAAAUAUAAAGCAUUUGGUCAGAAUCUUGAGUACGCUUGGCUUGCUAAGAACUUGCAGCCUCUCCCAAACCAAAAAAUACACUGGAUUUCUCUUGAAGGGCUUCCUAACAAGGGCACUGUCCGGUUUUUCCCGCUAGGACCUUCAUCAUGUGACGUAGAACUAACCUUUGCAUAUGAAGUUCCACUGCUACUUAUACCAUUUGCAGCAGUAAGCAAGCAUUCUUUAUUCAACAUGUGAAAACUGUAUCAAUACUUGAUGAUUUUAGAGAGUGAUUCAACACAACUAAAUGUCUCAAAUCCUAUCUUCUGGUAACAUUUCAUAUUUGCUUUCUUCAGGCGCUUCAACCGCUAAUGCAAGGAUUGAUCAAGAACAGUUUGGAGCAAUUUGCAGAGAUAGCAAAAAGCACAAAGACCACUUAGUUAAACAACACAACAGCAAAACUUAUCCACGACACACAUUAUCACAUUGUUCUUACAGGAGUUUGCACAGAGAAUCAUUGUUGUGAGUCACAACUUGUGACUGUUACCAUAUUGAUUUUUUAUAGAGUGUUCAUGUCAUGCAAAGAAAAAGUUUAUUAUAGUCACAAUAUCUCAGUCUUCGACUAAAGACUCUUGAGUUUAUCUCUGUUGGCCGGAAAAUAAACAUGCAUAUCCCUUGAGAUAUUUUACCAAAUCAUUCAUUUUUCACUUAAUUUUUUAGAAACAAAUAUAUCUGUAAUUUAGAGCCCACAAGUACCAGAUGGCUAAACCCAUGACAAAGGUUGAAACCAUGUCUAAUGUCUUAUUGAUU